AUGAACAACUUUAUCCUCCUUGAAGAACAGCUAAUCAAGAAAUCCCAACAAAAGAGAAGAACGUCUCCCUCGAACUUCAAAGUCCGCUUCUUUGUUCUAACCAAAGCCAGCCUGGCAUACUUCGAGGAUCGUCCUGGGAAAAAGCGCAAUUUGAAGGGCUCCAUUGAACUCUCCCGAAUCAAAUGUGUCGAGAUUGUGAAAAGUGACAUUAGCAUCCCGUGCCACUAUAAAUACCCGUUUCAGGUUGUGCAUGACAACUACCUCCUGUAUGUGUUUGCUCCAGACCGCGAGAGCCGGCAGCGCUGGGUGCUGGCCCUUAAAGAAGAAACGAGGAAUAAUAACAGUUUGGUGUCCAAGUACCAUCCUAAUUUCUGGAUGGAUGGGAGGUGGAGGUGCUGUUCUCAGCUGGAGAAGCUUGCAACAGGCUGUGCCCAGUAUGAUCCAACCAAGAAUGCUUCAAAGAAGCCUCUUCCUCCUACACCUGAAGACAACAGGCGGUCACUUCCAGAACCUGAAGAAACCGUGGUCAUCGCCUUGUAUGACUACCAGACCAACGAUCCCCAGGAACUCGCGCUGCGAUGCAAUGAAGAGUACUGCCUGCUGGACAGUUCUGAGAUCCACUGGUGGAGAGUUCAAGACAGGAAUGGGUGGUACAAUGAGAGUAUCAGCCGAGACAAAGCUGAAAAACUUCUUUUGGACACAGGCAAAGAAGGAGCCUUCAUGGUGCGAGAUUCCAGGACUCCGGGAACAUACACCGUGUCUGUUUUCACCAAGGCUAUCGUAAGUGAGAACAAUCCCUGCAUAAAGCAUUAUCACAUCAAAGAAACAAAUGACAACCCUAAGCGAUACUAUGUGGCUGAAAAGUAUGUGUUUGAUUCCAUCCCUCUUCUCAUCAAUUAUCAUCAACAUAAUGGAGGAGGCCUGGUCACUCGGCUCCGGUAUCCAGUUUGUUCCUGGAGGCAGACAGCCCCCAUCAAGGCAGGGCUGAGAUAUGGGAAAUGGGUGAUCGAUCCUUCGGAACUCACUUUCGUGCAGGAGAUUGGCAGCGGGCAGUUUGGGUUGGUGCAUCUUGGCUACUGGCUCAACAAGGACAAGGUGGCCAUCAAAACCAUUCAGGAAGGGGCCAUGUCAGAAGAGGACUUCAUAGAGGAGGCUGAAGUCAUGAUGAAACUCUCUCAUCCCAAACUGGUCCAGCUGUAUGGGGUGUGUCUGGAGCAAGCCCCUAUCUGCCUGGUGUUUGAGUUCAUGGAGCACGGCUGCCUGUCGGAUUACCUGCGCAGCCAGCGGGGACUCUUUGCUGCGGAGACCCUGCUGGGCAUGUGUCUGGACGUGUGUGAGGGCAUGGCCUACCUGGAAGAGGCGUGUGUCAUCCACAGAGACUUGGCUGCCCGAAAUUGUUUGGUGGGAGAAAACCAAGUCAUCAAGGUGUCAGACUUUGGGAUGACAAGGUUCGUUCUUGAUGAUCAAUACACCAGUUCCACAGGCACCAAAUUCCCAGUGAAGUGGGCGUCCCCAGAAGUUUUCUCUUUCAGUCGCUACAGCAGCAAGUCGGACGUGUGGUCAUUUGGCGUGCUGAUGUGGGAGGUCUUCAGCGAAGGCAAAAUCCCGUAUGAAAACCGAAGCAACUCAGAGGUGGUGGAAGACAUCAGUACUGGAUUUCGGUUAUACAAGCCUCGACUGGCCUCCUCGCAUAUCUACCAGGUCAUGAAUCAUUGCUGGAAAGAGAGACCAGAAGACCGGCCAGCCUUCUCCAGACUGUUGGGUCAACUGGCUGAAAUCGCAGAAUCAGGACUUUAGCAGAGACUCGGCGCCAGGCCACGGGCUGCAGAUCCUGAAUGAAGGAAGGAUGUCCUCCUUGCACAGAGCAUUAGAAGCUGC